AUGGCUGUUGCUCCAGAAAUCUUGAGCAAUCAAGAAAUCAAUAAGAUCAUUACAGCGCCAGGAUCACCAUUGGAAACUCAUUAUGAAGUCACGCAUCUGGGAAUUCCGAUGUUAACUUACAAACGUAUGUUUCCCAAUGUGAGAACCGUUUGGGAGCGAACAAAGGCCUAUGCCGAUCGUACCUAUCUGGUGUUUGAGGAUGAGAGGUACACGUAUGGACAAGUUCGUGAGAAGGUUCAAGCUCUAGCAAACUCUCUGUACAAUGAAUUUGGUGUACGGAAAGGGGAUCGUGUCGCAGUUAUCAUGCGAAACUAUCCAGAAUGGAUUAUUACGUUCUGGGCAACACAACUCCUCGGCGCUGUCUCCGUUCCCAUAAAUGCGUGGCUCACAACACCCGAGCUUGAAUACUGUCUCUCCGACUCUGGCACCAAAGUCGCAAUCAUUGAUGGUGAACGUGCUGAGAAGAUCACACCAUUCAUAAACAGUCUGAGUGUAGCUGUUAUUGUUACGAGGACGGACAAGUCAUGGCCUGGAAUGCUUGGUUUGGCUGACGUGUUGGCGAGAAAUGCUGGUGCUAAAGGGUAUGUGGAUGUGGAGAUUGGGCUGGAUGAUAAUGCGACUAUUCUAUAUACGUCGGGAACGACAGGAAAGCCUAAAGUAGGCGCACUAGGAUCACACCGCAACUUCCUAGUCAACGAAAUGAACCGACAGGCUGCUGCAAUCAGGGCAGCUUUAAGAUCUGGAAUGCCAGUACCUGUCCCGAAUCCAAAUGUGCAGUCUUGUACUCUGCUUUCGGUUCCGCUAUUUCACGCCACUGGACUGGUCUCCAUUCUCCAAGAAUGUACUGUGAACGGUGGGAAGUUGGUGCUGAUGUACAAAUGGGACAUUGAAAAGUCCCUUAAACUAAUACAACGCGAGAAGGUUAAUCGUGCUGGAGGUGUGCCAACUAUGGUGCAUCAGAUAUUGGAUCAUCCUGAUCGUGACAAUUAUGAUCUGAGCUCGUUACAAGGAUUGUCAUAUGGUGGUGCACCACCAGGCGCUGAUUUGGUUGCUCGUAUUAAACGAAAGUGGCCAGCAGUAGGAGCUUCAAAUGGAUAUGGGCUAACCGAAACGUCAGCUGGAAUAUCAGCAAACACAGGACCAGACUACGUUCGCAAACCAGACUCUUGUGGUCCACCAAGCCCUGUCAACUUUGUGCGAAUCGUUGAUGUUACGACCGGCAAAGACUUACCAUCUGGAGAAAUUGGAGAAUUGUGGAUUCGAGGGCCUAAUGUUGUUAAAGGGUAUUGGAACAAGCCCGAAGCUACGAAAGAAGCGUUCUUGGAAGGACCGAAUCUAUCUUGGUUUAGAUCAGGGGAUUUAGCUGAAGUAGAUAAGGAUGGUUGGAUUUAUAUUCGUGAUAGGUUCAAGGACAUGAUCAUCCGUGGUGGUGAAAACAUUUACAGUGCCGAACUAGAAGACGCAGCAUACAGUUUCGGCCCUGUCAUAAUAGACGCAGCCGCGUUCGGUAUCCCGCAUCCAGUACUAGGCGAAGAAGUCGCCAUGGUCGUCACAGUAUCACCAUCCAAAGCUAGCGAGGUCUCAAAAAGUAAUAUUUUGAACCAUAUGAGAAAGAGACUCGCACCGUUCAAGAUACCUGUGUAUCUGGAGGUGAGAACUGAGAUGCUGGAGAGGAAUGCUAAUGGGAAGAUUAUUAAGAAGGACUUGAAGGUUGAGGUGUCAAAGAGGUGGGAGGCGGAGAAGUUACAGCAGCAAGGCUCUGGUUUACAAGCCAAGCUUUGA